AUGGUGAAGUUAGUAGCAGUGCAGAAGCCACUGAUACAUUGGCUGAUGAAGAUGGCCGGCGCGGUCCCUCACACGGUCCAAAUCGAGGCAGGCACUGUUAUGAACAUUUGGGUUCCUCGAGAGCAAAAACCCACCACGCUCGAUGACCUCGGCUUCUCCUCCUCCUCCGAGCUUCUGCUGCAAACCUCCGUCAAGGGCUGCAAGGCGCUCCUCAAAGUUGCCACCUACAAGAACCUCUGGUUCCCCGAUCGCCUCCAUAGAGACUUUCUCGAGGUGAUGUUUAGCAACAGAAAGGAAAGGGCUGAGCUGCUUGAAGGCCUUGUGGUUAUUAGCACUAAAGAAACAAGCAUCCCGAAUAUGAUCAAUAACAUCAAGCAUCUUCAUUUCUUACAGAGAAUACAUCUUCUAUGGGGAGAGGAAGAUCAAAUAUUUAAGCUGGAACUGGCGCAAAACAUGAAAGAGAAUUUUGUCGAACAGGUCACAUUUGAAGGCAUAAAGAAAGCAGGCCUAGGUCACUUGGAACGACCCUGCGUCUACAAUACUUGUCUCAACAAAUUUCUUGCUUCACAUCAACAACCUACCAAAUAA